AGUCAAGCAAGGGGUAUAACUCUUCUGAAAAAGAUUAACGAUGGCUGACGGCGAUGAGACACAGACUCCAACAGUUGUAGCUAAAGACAAGGAGCUGUCUACGGCAGAGGUUCAGGUUCUGAUCCCAGGACUAAAAGUUCAGAAAUCAAUGUUGUUUCUUGGGAGUAAGAAACCUAAAGAAGAUGUAUGCACUAUCGACGUUAAACUGGAGGAAAGCUCCCUUGAGUUGACAGCAGAUAUCAAAGAUAAAAAGGGAAAGGUGACCAAGUACAAAUACAAGGCUAAUAAGUUACCAAGCCUUGUAGACACAGAUGCAUCAAGUGUCUCAUAUGAUAAAGAAAAAGUGAUAAUUACUCUGAAGAAAAAAGAAGAAUACUCAUGGGAUGUUGCACUGUCUAAGUCAGGAUUGGACCAGGACCCGGACAGUUAGAUAUAUAGAGUAACCUCCCUUUGUUAUGGAAAUUCCACCACACACCAACCUAUUUUUAGAUAGAUAAUGGUAUUGAUAUGAAACAAAAUUCAAUAUGUAGAGGUUACAAAACUAGUGGUUGUAGUAACUCAGGUAUAUGGUAUUUCUUUCAAUUCAGUGAUUUAUUUUUCAGAUCUUACAAAAAACAUGAACUCUUUCAAGUGUUUUUUUUUUUGUAAUUUUAAAAAAUAAAAAGGAGAGUGAAAGAAAUACUAUAUAUACAAGUUUGUGUGACCUGUUUCUACCAGGAUGAUAAAAGCUAUUCCUAAGUUGAACUGACCUGUUCUAAACUCACUUUUGUUUUGUUUGUCAUCACCUUUAGUGAAAUACCGCUAAUUAAUAUGACCUUUAGUGAAAUACCGCUAAUUAAUAUGACCUUUAGUGAAAUACCGCUAAUUAAUAUGACCUUUAGUGAAAUACCACUAAUUAAUAUGACCUUUAGUGAAAUACUGCUAAUUAAUAUGACCUUUAGUGAAAUAUCACUAAUUAAUAUGACCUUUAGUGAAAUACUGCUAAUUAAUAUGCCCUUUAGUGAAAUACUGCUAAUUAACAUGAACUUUAGUGAAAUACUGCUAAUUAAUAUUUAUUAAUUUGUUAUCUACAAAGUAAAACAGGAUAGCAAUUUAGAUAAAAAUCAAAUUAUUAAAAAAACAAGCCUGGACUACUGAUUAUAGUGUUCUUAUAUCCAUGAGUGCAUGAAGCACCCUUUAGGUCAAAGUUCACCCUGUCAGACAAUCUAAACGUACCAAAGUGUUAUACCACAUGAAGUAUAACAGGUAUGUUUAUUCAACACUUGGAAUGAUUAUUUUCACCUAUUGUGGUAGAAACCUGUUUAUUUUUUUACCUAUAUCUGAUGAGUGUUAUACAUUGUUGUACAUGUUAUACCAGAUCUUAACUUUUGAAUUCUGACACCUAUGUUGUUUUUUUUAUAUAUUAUCUAACCUCUAUAUAUAAUCUGAAAUUUUGGUUUUUGUUCUUUUUUCCUUGGGAGGAACAGGGGGUGGGGGGUUUGUUAUUUUGUUUUUGUAUUUUGAUGUAAUAUCUCUGACAACACAUGAACACAUGCCACCAGACUGUUUCACGACUUUAGUUCAUAAACAAAUGCUUCCAUUGCUAACAUGAUGAACAUUUCAGCAGUUAAAAUGAAAUGAUGCUGGACAAUAAUUUGACAUUUAAAAACAGUAUUUGGUAGAGUCCUUAAAUAUUUGUAUAGUUUCUGAAUAGCAGAGAUAUUUAUGGAUAAAACAGAGUUUCAGCUUCAAACAAUUGUUCCAUUAUUAGUUUUAGAAAACUUACUGUCCAGUGAAAUUUUUUCCUUAUUUUGUAUGUCAUAUGGAGUUGCACUUUGCUUCAUUAACAAAUGAAUUUUCUUUUACUCUAUUGAGUCUACCACGGUGCCUUCUACGUUAAUGUGAUGAUAUUUUAUUAUUUAUGAUAGUGCUCUUUUAUCAGUCACUGUAAAAUCAUAAAUUUUCGUGGUGUGCUUAAUUUUGUGGGUUUCGAAAAAUUGACAUUUUCAUUGAAACAUUUUGCGGAUAAAUCUUUCCGAUGAAAUCCACCAGCACUACAAUCUUUGUCAACUUUUAUUUGUUAAUUAUUUCGUGGACAAAUAAAUUUAUAGACUUAGAGUACCCACAAAAAUGAAUGAUUCUACAGUAUCUAAAGUUCUGUUGUCAGCAAGUGUAAAAUGUCCCUUUGAGUAAAUGUUGUAAUUUUCUUUGCUAUAUAUAACUGCUUGGUCCAAUAUAGAUUCAGUGACUUGAAGGAUACCUAAAAGCAAAAACUUGUAAAACAAAUUUAAGAAUUACUAUUAAGAUAGGAGCAGCUGAACGUUAAUGUUUUAAAAGUAUAAUGUAUAAGGAUGUGUAAAGUAACUUUCUGUUCUUCGUUCUCGCAGGACUUUUGUCUAUUUUAGGUAUAAUUUGAUGUGAUAAGUAGAUCUUCAAAUUAUGCCAAAUUUUGCCAUACUGUUUUGGUACAUUUCCCUGAGAAGCAGAUAAGUAAUGUGAAUGGACUUCAUAAAGAGAGUUAUGUAGGAUAAAUUAAUUGACAUAAUUUCACUCGCUUCUUUAAAACUAAUGAUGGAUAUAAAAGGAUGUGUAAUGGCAGUGUUGUUUAGUUUCAUAUCAGAUGCCAGAAUCUGUACUUAAAAGAUAUCAGUGUUAUGAUGUUAGUUAAAGGUUUAGUUGUGUGUUGUUUAGAUCUAGUUGUAUGUGUUGUUUAGAUCAAGUUGUAUGUGUUGUUAAGUACUAGUUGUAUGUGUUGUUUAGCACUAUUUGUAUGUGUUGUUUAGCACUAGUUGUAUGUGUUGUUAAGUGCUAGUUGUAUGUGUUAUGUAGCACUAUUUGUAUGUGUUGUUUAGCACUAGUUGUAUGUGUUGUUAAGUACUAGUUGUAUGUGUUGUUUAGCACUAGUUGUAUGUGUUGUUUAGCACUAGUUGUAUGUGUUGUUUAGCACUAGUUGUAUGUGUUGUUAAGUACUAGUUGUAUGUGUUAUGUAGCACUAUUUGUAUGUGUUGUUUAGAUCUAGUUGUACGUGUUGUUAAGUACUAGUUGUAUGUGUUGUUUAGCACUAGUUGUAUGUGUUGUUUAGAUCUAGUUGUACAUGUUGUUAAGUACUAGUUGUAUGUGUUAUGUAGCACUAUUUGUAUGUGUUGUUUAGCACUAGUUGUAUGUGUUGUUUAGCACUAGUUGUAUGUGUUGUUUAACUAUAGUUUUAUGUAAGGGUUGGCUGUAGUGGUAUAAAUAUAUAACUGCUUUUUCUUGAACAAAAUAUAACACAUUUAUGUAGAAUCUGCUUUGUCCUCUUUUUUAAGGAUUAAAAAAAACUUUUUAUACAAUAUAUUUACAAUAUUUCCUUUACAUAUGUAAAUUUAAUUAUAAUUAUGUUUAUUCUUCCUUUUUGAUAUAUUGGUUAAACUUAGGUGUGACACCUGUUGUGGUUAAGGUUAUACCUUGGUGCAACACCUGUAGUCGUUAAGGUUAUACUUUGGUGUGACACCUGUUGUUGUUAAGGUUAUACCUGGGUGUUACACCUGUUGUGGUUAAGGUUAUACCUGAGUGUGACACCUGUAGUCGUUAAGGUUAAUACUUUGGUGUGACACCUGUAGUCGUUAAGGUUCUACCUUGGUGUGACACCAGUUGUGGUUAAGGUUAUACCUUGGUGUGACACCAGUUGUGGUUAAGGUUAUACCUUGGUGUGACACCUGUUGUGGUUAAGGUUAUACCUGGGUGUUACACCUGUUGUGGUUAAGGUUAUACCUGAGUGUGACACCUGUAGUCGUUAAGGUUCUACCUUGGUGUGACACAUGUUGUGGUUAAGCUUAUACCUGGGUGUGACACCUGUUGUGGUUAAGGUUCUACCUUAGUGUGGCACCUGUUGUGGUUAAGGUUAUACCUGGGUGUCACACCUGUUGUGAUUAAGGCUUUAAGGCUGUAGACAUUAUUCAUGUCAAUCCCUGUAAAAAUAUAAAUGUUAUUUGCUACUUUAAAUGUGCUAGGUUAUAUUCAUGAAAGUGACAAAUAUCUGUCAUUUAAAUUUUGCUCUCCUGCCAUUGUUACAAUUACCAUAACUGAGACUGUUUCAGUAUACAUUUAUAUUCAUCUUUUUAACUAGCUUCAGAUAUUUUUUUCUAAACUGUAGGUACUUGUUAUUUUUCUAAUUUACUGGACAGUGGAUUUUUCUUCAAUGACAAUGAUUAGUAAGUCUCCUUUUAAAGAUUUCAAUGUAAAAAAUCUUAAUGCAAAAAGGAAAAAAAAAAGAUAAAUUUGAAGUAUUUGAAAAUAUGUUCUUUUUAAAUAUUAAGAUGAAAAUCUGAUAAUUUGACAAGACUUGAAACAUAAAGAAUGUUUUAGAAUUUUAAUCUUUUUGAUACGUUAAGAAUAAGACACGUUGCUGUGCAUGCAGUCUGUAAUGUAGUUUUACUGUGAUGGUUAGUCUACUCUAUCUUGCCCUGUUAAAUAUCACUAGCAUUAAAGAAAAUAAAGUUAUAUGAACGAUA